UGUCUUUCAAAGAGAAACACUGACUUUGAUCCACUGGAUUUGAGCAACCACAAUUUUUUGCUCCAUAUGAGGAAGAAAAUCUUGAAAGCACCUUGUCUCCUCUUGAGUCUGUUCACAAGUUUGAAUCUCUGCUCUGGAAAAUUCGGGACGCCGAUAACUGAUGAUGUGAGCAAGCUGUCUUUAUUGAAGCAGAAUAUCCCGUCUGAUUAUGAAAUUCCUGUUAGUUACAUUCCCAAAGAAGUGGCUGGCCCGUGCUGGGUGGUGUUAAACAUCUAUCCUUUAGAGCAAAGUCUUCGAAAGCUGGCCAGCAUGUUCGGUGCCAUCUCCUCCAACAAGGAAAACAUAAUCGUCUUCAUUGCGAUGCUGAAGAGUUUACGCUUCACCUUCGACCAUGAGGAGCUGGAAACUACAAUGCAAGUCUUCCAGUGUCACUACAGAGAUGGGAGCUUAAUGUCCGGUCUUUACUUCGACUAUAUCAAAGAUAUCUUACACGCCGCCGCUCAGGGGACAUCCGGCUUCUCGUGCAAGCCACCACCGUGUCUCAAUCCACAUCAGACACCAGGUGGUCAGGAAGACACUCGUGUAUACAGCUGGUCCAAGAGAGCGCCCGUGCUCCUGGCUCUCAUCCCCUUCAUAGCCUGUGUUGUUCUUAUAGUGUGGCAGGUCAGGUCUGGAAGGCGCUUACCAGUGUGCAACACCGAAAAUAACCGAACGCCAUCUUCUGACACGAUUGCCAGUGUGUCUGUCUCCAUCCCACUUCAAACACUCACCCACGCUGCCGACACUCAGCCAGCGGGGGAGGCGAUGCCCGAGCAUGAGAGUGGAUGA